UAUUCAAAUGCAUAGUAAGGUUAGGACUUUCAAAUCGUUAGAUCUUAUGAAAUAACAGUACGAAUCUAGAGGCAAUGAUUAGGAAUGGGAAAACUCGUCUAAAAUUUUGCAAGUAACAAAAAGUUUUUAAGUGUGCGAAAAACUCCGAAAACGACGUCACUCAAUGAGUAGGCAGAGCUUGCCUUUAUGCUUCAAGACAGCGCGUCCUCUGCAGCCCACUGAGACCUCCUUCUCCGCCGCCGUCGGGACCGGUGGCAAAUGGAACACGCAACUGCGAGAACUCUCAAAGAAUAGGCAAUACAACCAAGCCCUGAUUCUCUACCGCCAAAUGCUGCGCUCCGGCGCCACCCCCAACGCCUUCACCUUCCCCUUCGUUCUCAAGUCCUCAGCCUCGCUGUCCGUCCAUCUCUCCGGGAAACAGCUCCACUGCCACGUCGUCAAAGCCGGAUGCCUGCCUGAGCCCUUCGUCCAAACGGCUCUCAUGUCCAUGUACUGUAAGUUCCGCUUGUUUGACAAUGCGCACAAGGUGUUCGAUGAAAUUCCUGAGUCAGCCAGACUAACUGUUUGCUACAAUGCUUUACUGUCUGGAUUGAUUCAGAGAGGACUCUCACACGGAUUGCUUGUGUUCCACGAAAUGAGGGCUAAAGGCGUGCCCUUGCACGCAGUCACCAUCUUGGGGCUGGUUCCCGGCUGCACUAUUCCGCUGCACUUGAAUUUGGGGAGCUCAUUGCAUUGCUUGGUUAUGAAACACGGCUUCACCUCACAUCUCGAUGUUGCAAACUGCUUCUUGUCUAUGUACGCACGGUGUGAUUCGAUUGAGUCUGCAAGGAGGCUGUUUGAUGAGAUACCUGAGAGGAAUUUGAUCACUUGGAAUGCGAUGAUAUCCGGUUACUCGCAGAGUGGACUCUGCACCCAGGUUUUGGACCUUUUCCGCGAUAUGCAGUGCUCUGGAAUUUACCCGGAUGAGGUGACGCUUGUUGGUGUACUAUCUUCUUGUGCCAACCUUGGCGAGCAGAGAAUUGGCCGUGAGGUGGAAGAGAUGAUAAAGCUUCGUGGAUACGGAUCAAAUCCAUUUGUGAGGAAUUCGUUGAUCAGCAUGUAUGCUAGGUGCGGUGAUCUGGUGAGGGCGCGUGCGAAUUUUGAUGCCAUGGCCAAGAAGACUGUGGUGUCGUGGACAGCCAUCAUAGUUGGCUAUGGGAUGCAUGGGCAAGGAGAGGUUGCUGUGGAGCUGUUUGAUCAGAUGAUCGAGGAAGGCAUUCGGCCGGAUAAGCUCGUGUUUGUAUGCGUUCUGAACGCGUGUAGUCAUGCAGGGCUGACGGAGAAGGGGCUAGGCUAUUUCUACUCAAUGCAGGAGGUUUACAGCUUGAGUCCUCUCUCAGUACACUAUGCAUGCGUGGUGGAUCUUUUGGGUCGAGCAGGUCGGUUGGGAGAAGCAUUAAACCUAAUUGAGUCGAUGCCAGUGCAGCCGGAGGGUCAUGUGUGGGGAGCCCUACUUGGUGCUUGCAAGAUUCAUAAGAAUGUGGAGUUGGCGGAGUUGGCCUUCAACAAGGGUGUUGAGCUCGAGCCUGCAAAUAUCGGUUACUACGUGCUGCUGUCGAAUAUUUACUCGGAGGCGGGUGACAUGGAAGGCGUGGGGAGGAUUCGAGUAAUGAUGAGAGAAAGAGGGCUGAAAAAGGAUCCUGGUUUUAGCUACGUGGAGCACGAGGGCAAGAAUCAUCUGUUUAUGGCCGGCAAUAGACGCCACAAGGAGAUGUACGUUAUGUUGAGGUUGGAGAAUUUAGCGAAAAAAGGUGGUGAGGGAGAGAAUCCUUUGCACUAUAAGGAAAUUCUUGUUAUUAAGAACUUGAGGAUAUGGAUAUGUGGGGAAACAGUGAGCAAGUUUGUAGUUAGAUUGCUCUUGUAAUGACUACUGGUGAAAUUCUGCUAUACAGAUUUGUGUCUCUCAUUCACAAGCA